UAUCGUCUGCUAUUACGGAAGAAAAAUGACUUCUAUACUACAAAAUAUUUUUAGACUAACUUCGAAUGUAAUAAAUUCAAGUAGAAAUACAGCAAUCCCAGUACUGAGACAAUCACAGGGAUGUUCAUCUAUCCUACAAAAAUACAAUCAAAUGCUGUUUACCGGAGAAAGGGCGAUGAGUAACCUUCUGUUAAAGAUGCAUUUGAAAGGCCCUCACCAAAAAGUCAGAGCACCGAAAAACCCUCUGAGUGGCAACCCCAUGUUAAAAGGAGUUGUAUUAAAAACAGUCAUCAGGAAGCCCAAGAAACCCAAUUCAGCCAACCGAAAGUGUGUGGUAGUCAGGCUUAGCAAUGGCAAAGAGAUGUGUGCAUAUAUCCCUGGGGAAGGUCAUAAUCUUCAAGAACAUAAUAUUGUAUUGGUACGCGUCGGCCGUGUCCCAGAUCUUCCUGGUGUCAAACUCAAGUGUAUUAGAGGUAAACAUGAUCUUGGCCAUGUAAUUAAGAAAAAGUAAUUGAACACUGCAAUAAUUAUUGCAGAGCAUUAGAAUAAAUGAAUAUGUUUUCAGA